AUGCAUGUAUGUAUGUAUGUAUGUAUGUAUGCGCUGUUGCACGCGACAGACGGAUGUUCGAAAAUGUAUCCAACUGGACUAAACUGUGUUUUAUUUCCAUACGUUUGAAUGCCGUUGUACUCGAAAAAUUGACUCAACGAAUUUUUAAUGGUAGCCUUUUCAACCUAACCUCAAUUCGCACGAUCAUCAUGGAUUUCUUCGUAAUAUUGUCGAUUCUUCUCGUGAUUCUGGGAAUAUACUAUCUUUUGAGGCCACGGAACCCUUUCGAGGUAUAUAAUCUACCACACAAGAGCUCAUUUCCUCUACUAGGUAGCACAUGGGAGUCGAUAUUAACGCGAAAGUCAUUCGCAACCGUGGUUCAGGAAAUUUAUAACUUGAUACCAGACGCGAAAUACGUGGGACUCUACAACCGAAUGACACCGGUCUUGAUGAUUCGCGAUGAAGAGUUGAUCAAAUCCAUUACCAUAAAAAAUUUUGACUAUUUUCGGAACCAUCGAAAUUUCAUCAACGAACAAAUAGACAGCUUCUUCAGCAGUAAUCUGCUGCUACUCCGUGACGAUAGGUGGAGAAACGUCAGGUCGUUAUUCACUCCAGCCUUCAGCUCCAGUAAGAUGAGAUCCAUGUUUCAAUUGAUGUCCGAGACUGCUGUAAACAUGGCAAAAUAUUUGUCAACCCUUCCGGCGAAUGAGAACGUGGUAGAGAUGAAGGACAUCUUCACCAGGUAUGCAAACGAUGUGUUCGCGACGUGUGCUUUUGGUAUCGUGAUCGAUUCAUUGGCCGAUCGAAAAAAUAAAUUUUAUACUUUAGGCAGAGAGGCUUUGGAUAUUCACAGCGUAACGAUUCUCAAACUUAUCGUGAUAAAAAUAUUCCCAGGAUUAGCCAGAAGAUUUGGUAUAACGUUAUUAAGCAGAAAGGUAACGAAUUUCUUCAAACAAGUGGUAUCUGACAGUAUCAAAGUCAGAGAAGAGAAAGGUAUAGUCAGACCAGAUUUUAUUCAGCUGAUGAUGGAAACCAAAGGUAAAUUAGGUUCGGGAAAGGAUCUCACCGUUGAUGAUAUCACUGCCCAAGCAUUUAUCUUCUUUUUCGGAGGUUUCGAGACUACAUCCGGACUAUUAUGCUUUGCUGCUCAUGAAGUGGCUGUGAAUCCCGAGGUUCAGAAAAGGCUGCAUGCCGAAAUCGAUUGCGUUUUGGCCGAUUCCAACAGGGAGCUCACUUUCGAAAUAUUCAACAGUCGUUUGGAGUAUCUCGACGCUGUGAUCAACGAGACAGUGAGAAUGUAUCCAAUUAUACCUAUCACCGAUCGAGAAUGUUCGAAAUCAUUCGAACUACCUCCAGUUCUGUCAGGAGCGAAACCAUACGUAAUGAACGAAGGUUCUCAUCUGUGGUUGCCGAUUUACGCGAUCCAACGUGAUCCAAAAUAUUUUGAGAAACCGAAUACCUUCGAUCCAGAUCGAUUUUUGGAUAAGAAGAGUAAUCUCGUUAACAGCGGAGUGUAUUUACCAUUUGGCAUGGGUCCGAGAAAUUGUAUCGCCAAAAGGUUCGCGUUAAUGGAGGCUAAAGUCGCAUUGUUCCAUAUUUUUGCCCGUUGCCGGCUCGAAGUUUGUUCCGAGACGACGAUGCCUAUGGAAUUGAAGACGAGAGGAGUGUUUCUUACGGCGAAAAAUGGAUUUUGGUUGCGGAUAGUUCCGAGAAACAUUUAAUUAAUCGAAGAAACGUUUAAUUAAUCCGUCGAAUUGAAUUUUAUUAAAAUCUUAUAAGGUGGUAAAAUUGAUAAAAUCUGGCAGUAUGAACUGGCUGAAGGAAGAUUGUGAAUGAAGAAGUUGUAUGAGAUUAGUGAAUUAUUUUGAAUUAAGAAGAAUCAGUAUGAAUCGAUCAGUGGAAAGAUAAAAUGAACAAAUAUAUCGGAGUAUAGGUAUACAAAUAAUACGUAAUAUUUAGAUCCCAAGUUAGCAGCACGAAUUAAUGAAGAGAAAUUUGCUAGGAGAAAUUUUAAACGAGUUUAAUUGCCAGAGAAGAAGGAAAGCUUGUUUGUGAAUACUCGAAGAGAAAUGGUUGUUCUGAAUAAGAAGACUAAUCGUAUUGUACCUUUAGAAUUGAUUUGCUUCGCGUAUCUUUUUGAGUUCGAAUAUAGCAUCGUGGUCUCUUUGAUGUGAAUUUGAAGCGUAUAUUUUAUUACGAAUUUUUAUCAGACAAGCAACAAUAUUAAUAAAUAUUUAUCUGUAUACACGAGUGAAAUCCAUUAGUAUACAUAAAGUGAAUAACGUGCAGGUUUAGACAACCAAUAAGAUUGACGUAAUUUACAAAAGCUUGAAUACAGAAAUUUUAAAAGUAUUUACAGCCCCGGUGAAAAAUCUAACAAUAUAUAAAACUUAUUAGCAGUGAAAAUGGUUAACUGGUUCGAUAGCAGUAUACUUAUAUAUACCUAAUAUAUGUAUAUCUAUACUUAUGUAUACUUAAGUGGUAGAAAUGUUCGUGUAAGCCUAAACGAUCUCAAAGACAUGUAUAUGGUAUACAGCUGCAACAUAUCUGUUAUUAUCACUGAUAAAAGAGUCGACAAAUAAACGAGAUAUAAUUAAAAGACCGAUAAAGUGAAA